AUGCAAGACGCAAAUUCAUCAGAAAACACCCACGGAUCAUAUGAAAAGGCCGAUCCCUAUAAAUACGGAUGCAUCAUGUACAUGCAUUUAGCAAAUUACGGGGCGACCCAGAUUUCAUUGGUGGUUGGCAUGAGUCUGUCAACUGUCAAGUACAUCAUUAAGAGAGUGGACGAGACAGGAUCGCCCGAGCCAAGAAAAGGGUCCGGACGACCUAGAAAGAUUGACGAGAGGACAGAAAGACACCUUGUUCAAAUAGUUCUUGAGCGUAAUGAUGGAGGAGCUAGAGCUAUCAGGAAAGUCGGUGAAAGGUUCAAGGAAGAAAAUAUCAUCGAAGGAACCAAGUGGGGGAAGGGUAGUGUGAUGAUCUGGAGCUGUUUCUGGGCCGGUGGUUUUGGCCCUUUGGUGUUCCUAGAUGGUAACGUAAACCAAGACCAAUACGUGAACACUUUGGCUCAGAACUUCCUUGGUUCCAAAAUCUUUCGCGGGAACAAACCAGGAGCUUCGUGUUCCAAGAGAACAACGCCAGCUGUCAUACUGGGUCGUACUCGAGGUGGUGGAAAGAUAGCCAUGAGAUCCGAGGUUUUGACUACUGGCCCGCUCAAAGCCCGGAUCUCAACCCCAUCGAGCAUCUCUGGUGGGCUCUCGAGAGGCGCAUGA